AUGGAUAAUAAAUCUAUUGAAUUAUUAGUUUUUAUCUCUGAUCAAUUCAAUCGAUAUUUAGCACCUAUUAUAUUUCUAUUUGGUGCAGUGGGAAAUAUUUUGAAUUGUUUAGUUUUAUUACAGCGGACACUUCGAUCAAAUCCAUGUGCAUUUCUUUUUCUUGCUUCAUCAUUUAUUGAUCUUAUUUCAAUUCUAAUUGGUUUACCUACUCGAAUAUUAGCUGGUUGGCACCUUGAUCCAACAAAUACAAUCAAUUGGAUUUGUAAAACUCGUGUUUUUAUUGUAUUUAGUACAAGAACAAUGGGAGUCUGGUUGAUUACAUUAGCUACGAUUGAUCGAUGGUUAAUAUCAUCUAUUGAUAUUCAUCGUCGACACAUGAGUAAUUUGAAAAAUGUUAAACGAGAAAUAUUUAUCAUUGUGAUUCUAUCGAUUCUUUUUUAUAUUCAUAUGUUUCCCUGUUACGAAGCUAAUAAUGUUGAUGCACCAUUGAAAUGUUACGAAGAAACAGAAAAAUGUCGUCUUAUUACGGAUUUAACUUAUGUAAUACUGUCUAUAAUAAUUCCAUUGAUUUUAAUGAUUGUAUUUGGUCUAUUAACUAUUUCACAUGUACAUCAUCUUCAUAGUCGUGUGGCACAUACAGGAAGCAAUUUAGGAACUAUUGAUCGAAGUAGACAUGCAAAUCUACAUUCAAAGAAAACUGAUUGUCAUUUACUUCGUAUGCUUACAUUACAAAUAGUUUUACUAAUAGUGUUAUGUAUUCCACAAGCUAUUGGAAAAUUUUACAUUACAUUUAAACCGUUUGGUUCUGGAUCGGAAUUAGAAGAUGCUGUCAAAACAUUUCUUUAUAACAUUGAUAUACUUCUAGCUUUUAUGGCAAGUGCAAUGCCAUUUUAUAUUUAUGUAUUAGCUGGUGGAAGUGUUUUUCAGAAAGCAUUUAUGAAUUUAGUACGGCUAGUGAAACAAAAGAUGGUAUAUUGGUGUCAUUAA